UUUUGAGACUUUUCAUUGGUGCUUCCGACUUAACUCCUGCACUUCCGGGUUAGUGUUGUUUGCUAAUAAGAGUCGACUGGAGGUCGUGUAAUAAAGUGUGUCCCUGGACUUGGUGACCAGUAAUCCGUGUAGUCCCAUGGCUACUGCAAAAACAUUAUUGUUUGUGUAAUCGCGCUGUGCUUCUUGAAUCAGUCAUGUCGCAAGCUUCGUCUGGAUUCACUCCGGCUGCUCAAGUCCCACAUGGACCUAGUAAGGGUCCUUUUAAUGCCUCGUAUAUUCCCAAUGAAGAAGAGAGGCGUGUCUUCAGAGAGUGCAAUUCAGAAAGCUUGUGGUACAGAUCCUUGCCUUUUUCUGCCAUUGCAAUCGCAGCCACUCAGGUAAUGGUAUCAAGAGGAAUCCUUACUCCAUCGCCCCGAUUUGGCUCUCUUCCCAAAGUUGCGUUUGCUGGCAUGCUUGGAUACAUUAGUGGGAAAAUGUCUUACAUGAGGGUCUGUGAAGAAAAGUUUAGGAAACUGGAGAACUCCCCACUAGGAGAGGCACUACGACAGGGACGUCUGCAUCACAUGCCUUCAGGGCUAAACCAGUCAGAGUUUGAGGAUCCAAACCCAUCAGAAUCUCAACAGUCUGGUUCUGAGUCUGCGUCCCAACCUUCGACAGAAGGCAGUUCUAUGCCUGAGAGCUACAGCAGUUACACCAGUGACUAUACCUACAGCAGACCCUCCCAAUCAUACGACCCCACUCCUUUUAGUUCUGGAUUCAGUGAUUCUGGUCCCGUUAAUAUCAGGGAUGAUAUUUCUUCUCAAGCCCCACUCUAUCCAGAUGAGGACGUGCCCAAAAAGAAGCCAGUGUUGUAUGAGGAACUGCGUAGCAAGAAUAGAGAGAACUAUGAGGUCACUCUCACACAGAAAGCUGAAACACUGCUGAAACCACAAACAGUGGUGCCAGUAACUAAAAAGGAAGUUAAAAAGAACAAGUAUGGAGAUUCUUGGGAAGAGUAAGAUUGGCCUGAAGAAUCAGCUGUUUCAGGAGCUCAAGAUCUGAACGCAGUGACUUCUGUGGAGAUGUCAUGACUCAUUCUGCCAGAUUAGACCAAAAGCUGCGAUUAAAUGCUGAAUGUACUUUAAGGAGUAAAACUCCUUUUUUGAAUGCAAAUGAGUGCAGUUUUUUUUUUUUGAUUGCACAUUUGGUGUUUGAAAAUAAAUGUUUCUCCUCUUCACUUCUUGCAUUAAGUAGAUGUAAGAUAAAUCAUUUUAACAAACUAUCAGUGUUUUUAUUGAUUAGGAAAUUCUGGUCAGAUGUGCUUGAGAUUUGUUAAUAAAUAAAUAAAAUGAUAUAAUAACCAAUAGAUGUGAUACUGUUUCACAUAAACCCAGAAAAUGGGAAUGUAAUAACAGCAUCAAGGGUGAUUUUCCACUGACAAUCUAGUGCAUCACAUUGUUAAAGCUGUGCACAAGUGACAAUUAUGACAGUGUUAUGACUGUAGAUGUGUUUAGACUUGGACCCAUGAUUAUAAUAAUAGCGUCAUUCACUGAUGUUAUCUGAGCUGGAGAUAAGAGAUUAAGAUAUGCUUGCUCUUUAAAUUCUUUUAAUGAAAAUUCACAUUUAAAUGUUCCAACAUUUCAAAUAAAGCCU